AUGACGCAGCUCACAAUCGAUACCGCCGAGUAUACGGACACUUGCAUGGACACAUACGACUGGGAGUAUCGUGAUGAAGAGCUGUUGUUAUCUUUUCUGGCUGUUUUGAAGAAACUAGGACGGUUACGAAACCUACGGUCGGUAACGUUGAGAUGCAGCAGUGAGUGUGUCGGUCCACAGCAAAGACGCCACUGGUGGGCGAGAAAUGUACCUGAGUGCAUCAAGUUUAGGACGGAUGUGUUGCAAAGUCUCUUUGCUGGCUUGAAUGCCAGUCAUGCGACACCGAAGUUGGAACACCUCUGUAUCGAAAACUUGCAAGGAUGCGGAAAUGAGACGGUGGCUCGUUCUAGAGACUUCAGAGCAGUCAUGUCGCGUGUCCGUAAACUGGACCUUCAGAUCACCACCGAGGAUGUUGAUGGUGAUGGCUCAUUGCCUGCAAACCUCGGUAAGAAAGAGCUCCAUUCGUUCUUUGGGCAUCGGCUCGUACAGGAAUGGCUUGAGCUAGUCCGUAACAACUUGACACAUCUGAAGCUCUACUCACGAAAUAUGUAUUUUGGAUAUCUUCCAAAGUGUCAUCUGCCCACCUUUUCAGCUUUACGAUCCUUGACGCUCGGAGGAAUGAGUUUUAACCACGACGAACAAUUGAAUUGGAUAUUGUCGCACCGCGAUACUCUUGAAGAGCUUGUUAUUGACAAUUGUCCUAUUGUCAUCGGCGUGCGCAUACCAUCGACCCUGGACUCGGACAAUUACCCAAUAGAACCAUUGUUCAACUCGAGUACCACAGGAUCUAUACUUGCACCUUCAAGCUUUCUUUACUCAGCACGUUGGCGUGACUACUUCUCUCGAUUCGCAGUCGGACUUGUCAAGCUAAGGUCCAUACGUUGUGGUUUCGGCGACUGGUAUGAUAACACUGCAUUUCCGAAAUCAAUGGAGCUUGGUACAGGACUCUGGGCGCAAAGAUAUCGGAUUCUGGAUGAUGGCGAAUGGAGAAGACCGCGAUUUGGUGAACAUGGCUCCUACGAUGGUAAAUGGAGUGAUCCUCCUGUAUAUCCCGAUUGUACGGAUGAAGACUGGAUUGCAUUGUGUGAGGUGAAGGCUGCGAUUGCAUCCAGACUUGGUGGCUGA